AUGAAGAAGUUAUCAAUGGUCUGCAUGUUGGUUGUGACAUUAGCAGUAGCAGCAAUGGCUACUAUAGAAGACGACGAAAAAGACUGUGCAGACCAACUCACAACUCUAGCAGCAUGCAUUCCAUAUGUGAGUGGCACAGCAAAGAAGCCAACUCCUGAAUGCUGUGAGGAUACUCAGAAAGUUAGAGCUGCUAAGCCUAAAUGCCUUUGUGUUCUUAUCAAAGAGAGCACUGAUCCCUCUUUAGGCCUUCCUAUCAAUACUACUUUGGCUCUUCAAAUGCCCUCUGCUUGCAAUAUUGAUGCCAAAGUCUCUGAUUGCCCAUCAAUACUGAAGCUACCAGCAGAUUCACCAGAUGCAAAGAUCUUUAAAAUAGCUGGUGCAGAUUCCACUUCUACUUCCUCUGGAACCUCAACACCAGCUUCCUCUUCUAGUUCAGCAGGUUCAGACGCCAAGAAUUCUAGCACUACAACUACAGGCACCAGUGGGGUUGCAGACCAGAGCAUCAGCAUAAUGUUGACUAUGGCACUGACAUCAAUUGCACUCAUCUUCAUUUAG